AUGAUUCGGCGCCAGUGGAUUCCCAACGCAGUGGAAGGCACUCUGUCCAGCACAGCACAUGUCACAACCAUCGGUUGGAUGUGGAUGUCAGUCGUGCCCAUGCUCUUGGCGAUAGACGGUGUGCGAGGGACACUGCGCCAGGCAGACCUUGUGCGGCUUGGCCUGGGUUUUAGUGGGACGGUCCUUGAGUCCUCGUGCGCACUGGAAGGCGAUAGGACGAGCAUAGUCGGAUGCAUUGGGGAUGAAAUUGCAAGAGUCGAUCAGUCCAUUCGUGUCUUGCUGAAGACCGGCAUGUCGACUGCAUCGAUGCGAAAGGGCGCGAGCUUGGGGAUCGCCGUGGAGAGGUUGAGCUUCAUUCAGUGGGGGCCAGCCUACCUCCUGUGGUCAUGCUGGAUUUUCCUCUGCCUGGGCCUGUACAGGCCAGGGUUACUGCAGCUCGAGUCCGCGGCGGGCAUAGCAUCGUGGCAGGCAACACAGUGUGGUUAUCCUGUGAUGCAUCUCAUCAUAUUCGCGGCGUCUUCCCGGGACCACAGAAGUUGGCGGGUUGUUUAUGUCACGUAUAAACUUCUGGUCUGGCUGGUUGCAUUGGAUGCGCUUGUUAACACUUUGGGUCUGGCCGCGAUGUAUCAGCCUACAGCCGUUGCGUACAACUUGUUCGGCAUGUUGUCGUUCGUGAUCAGUGCCAUGGGCUUGGGCAGGCUGGCGUCCAUUCCCCUGGUCGGAGAGCGCUGCGCACGCUGGCUGAUCGGUACAGCUCCGCGCGUUGAAGCCAUCUACCGUGACCCGGUUCCAACGGUCGCUGCGUAG